ACCAGUUUUCAUUACACGUCAGCAGACCAACUAUUUAGAAGGGGCAAGAGAACAAAAAAAAAGACAAGGUUUUUAAUCAAUGUGCAAAGAUAGGAAUUGAUAAGAUAAUUGAUCAUUUCGAUAAAUGGUCGAUAUUGGCACCGCUGUCCAGUCGGCACUUGAAUGGCCAUUGCCCGUUUUUCCGGCAGUAUUUGGAAAAGUAACGGGGAUGAAGAUCGUUUCUUGGUCAGCCCAGAUUGCCAUGGUCCUGGGAGGAGUUGUUCCCUACAUUCCUCAGUACCGUCAAAUAAAGCGAUCUGCAAGUGCAGAAGGCUUUUCCAUAUUUGUCUGUCUAACAUUAAUAGUUGCUAAUAUACUUCGCAUCAUGUUUUGGACAGGAAAACAUUUCGAACUACCUCUUCUUAUACAAAGUUUCGUUAUGAUAUUUACAAUGUUAGCAAUUAUAAGACUAUGUACAAUCGUCAAAAAGAGUGAGAUUGUUCAAACAAUACCGACAAAGCAGCACACUUUUUUAGAUUUUGAAUGGUCAUAUUUUUGGCAAUGGUCUGACUUUAUGAGUUAUAUACAGUGCCUGGCCACAUUUUCUCUUCUUAUGGGCCUUAUUACAUAUCUGCUUAUUAAUGUAACUAUAUACAUUGAAAUUUUGGGCUUUCUUGCUGUUUUCUUCGAGGCAUUAUUAGGUCUUCCUCAAUUCUAUAAAAAUUGGAAGAAUAGAUCAACCGAUGGAAUGAGCAUCAAAAUGGUUAUGAUGUGGACCUGUGGUGAUAUAUUUAAAACAUGCUAUUUUGUCUUGCGUCACUCUCCACCGCAAUUCUGGAUAUGUGGGGCUAUACAAGUAUCAUUAGAUUUAAGCAUACUUAUACAAGUGGUCUAUUAUGGAAGCAGAUUAGCAAAAUUUUUCAAACCAGCAGUUCAAUAAUAAUAAAUAAAAACACUAAUAAAAAAAACCACUCCAUCCAUAUUUUGUACAAUGCUGUAAAGGUAUUAAUCUAGUUAAUGGUGACAUUAUUUUUUUUGUUAUAGCUUAAACAAAUUGAUCUUUAUGGCAAUAUUUUUUCUAGAGAUAUAUUAUAUAUGUAAAAUAAAUGCAAAUGAUGAUGAUUCAAGUACUGAAAGAAAGAGUUCUUUUUAUUGUUUUUAGUAGGUUCAAGGCCAUAAUUUACAUCUUCUUAUUUUAGAUUAGAAAAAUAGUAAUCUUAUUUUUUUUUAUGUGAUUGAAUUGAUAUUAAUGAAAAGAGGAAAUAUAGAUCAUUUUUUAGCUUUGUAGAAAUGAUAAAUGCUCCAUUUAUACUAUAUAUUUGCGAUAUAUGUAACGACUUUGUUUUAUUUUAUGUUCUCUUUGUAGUAGUCUCUAAAGAGGCUUCUUUUAACAGCAGUAAUUAUUUUGGCAGAUAUAUUCAUUUGUUAUAUGAUAAUUAUUAAGAAAUAGUAGAGGCUAGUUAUUGUGCAAAGAGAUAUAUUUGGUAAAACUCUUUCGAAUUUUAUAAAAUAUAUAACCAACACCCUUUUGAUAACGAUUAUUGGUAUUCUUUAGCUUUCUAGCUAGCUGUUUGUAGUCAAUUGAAUCGUAAUUAAUAAAAAGCGUCAAUUUAUUCCAAAUCGCCUGAAUAUUUUGUAAUAGUAUUCCUUAAAAAUAACAUUACCUCAUGCAAGAUAAAUAUAUUGUUAUCGAUUUUUAGUUGUUUGUUUUAAAACUGAAAAGGUUGAGGCAAACAUAAAUAAAAUUUCUUAUCGCAAUUUUUCAGCGAUACUAAUAAUAUCAAAUUGUAAGUUUGUAUGGAGGAUAACUCAUAUUUA